GCAGGCAGCAGCAAGCGCAUGCGCACCAGCCGCUAUGGCUUUUCCUGGGGCAGGGAAGACAAGGGAGGUUAGAUACAGCAUGACGUAAUCCAACCUCCCUGCUACCGGUUGUGUCGUCUCUCCUGUGUCCUAAUCUCGGAAGUGUCCGACCAGAAAAUGGGGCUGCUGCAGGAAGGUUCCGACACACGUUUAGUUCCGGGGGUAUCUCUGUAUGCGGCAACCGCUGCUGCUGCCGCCGCCUCCUUCUCGGUGCCGCAAUGAUCCCGAUCCCGGUGGUGGUUUGCGUGCUGGGGGGCUGGUGCGUCAUCUACCUGGCGGACACGCUGCUGAGGUCAUCUAGCUCUCUGAAAGCAUCUUAUGAAGAUUGGCUCAUGUCAUAUGGGCUGAGUAUCUCUCCUUUUCAUAUGCGAUGGCAAACUGCUCUCUUCAACCGUCUAUUCUACAGUUGGGGACGAUGGAAACCCAGAUUUCUUUAUCUAUGGUUCAGUAUAGGAAUGGUGUUUGGCAUAGUUGCCAUGUUUGGUUCUGUUGUUCUCCUUGGAAAGACACUGAUGCAGACACUGACUCUGAUGAUAACUGAGGCCCCUGCGGUCCAGAAUGAUCGUAUGUUGCAAGUUGUGGUGCCUGGUGUAAAUCUGCCCAUCAGCCAACUGACGUAUUUCUUCACUGCAAUCCUCAUCAGUGGUAUUAUACAUGAAGUCGGCCACGGGGUGGCAGCUAUUCGAUCAUCAGUAUGGACUUCAACUUCUUUAAUGGACUGCAUUGCUUCAGAUUUAAGAGAACAAGUACGGUUUAAUGGAUUUGGGAUUUUUAUCUUUAUUAUAUAUCCUGGAGCAUUUGUCGACCUUUUUACCACCCACUUGCAACUUAUAUCUCCAGUCCAGCAGUUGAGAAUAUUUUGUGCAGGUGUCUGGCAUAAUUUUGUUCUUGGUGUUGCGAGUCUCAUAGUUCUGUUCCUGCUGCCAGCAAUUCUUUUCCCAUUUUACUACACAGGUGUUGGGGCACUUGUCACUGAGGUCACAGAGGAUUCUCCUGCCAAUGGACCCAGAGGCCUUUUUGUAGGGGACCUUGUAACUAAUCUUCAAGACUGCUCAGUUCGUGGUGUGGAAGACUGGAAUUCCUGCCUAGGAGAGAUCUCGCAGAAGACACAAAUUGGGUACUGCAUAAAUGCAGCAACCCUACAGCAGUUAAGCUUCCCAGCCAGGGUCUACAGAAGACUUGAUGGCACUGUUGAAUGUUGUAGUAACAGCAGCCUCACCAACAUUUGCUUUUCAUACAGCAAUAACUUGGACAGCCACCUGUAUGCCUGUCUGCCAGCACGAAAAGCUAUUGAGGCCAGCCAAGUCUGUCGAACCAACAUGGAUUGCCAGAAGGAUUUUGUUCCAAGUUUGUGUGUGACACCUUCUUUAGAAAAUCAGACGAGACUAAUCAGAGUGAAACAUCCACCCCACAUUGACAUGUUGUUUGUAGGACACCCAAUGCAUCUUCAGUAUACAGUGAGCCUCAGCAGUUUUGUACCACGACAUAACUUUCUAAGCAUUGAUCUGCCUGUGGUGAUAGAGACAAUGUGCAAAUAUCUAAUUUCACUGUCAGGAGCCUUGGCAGUUAUCAAUGCAGUACCUUGCUUUGCACUGGAUGGUCAAUGGAUAUUAAACUCUUUCCUGGAAGCCACUCUUGCUUCACUGAUCGUAGAGAAACAAAACCGAGAGCUUGUUGGCUUUUUAAUCUUGCUUGCUGGCAGUGUACUUUUGGCUGCCAAUGUGGCACUGGGACUUUGGUUGGUGACAGCCCGAUAGUAUAUUGGAUACAUUUCUGCAUCUGAUUACUUCCAUGAAUUCUCCAAGUACACACAAAGUAAUGAAAUCCAUUGCCUUGUAAAACUUGCCCUGUCUGAGAUAGAAAUAACUUCCUUAAAAUUCCAUUGGAAGAAAGAUUGGUGAUUGGAGUUGUAUGUUAAUUUAACUCUGCAAAAUCUUGUGCAGAUAAUGGAAAAGUUUAAAGAGUAAGAACUCUUCUCUUUUAAUAUUGUUUUUAAAGCACUCUGAUCAUUUUGAAGAAAUUACACUGAAACAAUUUUACAAGGAAAAGACUCAGGCCUGGUGAAUUUAGAUUCCAAAAUGAAGGAAUUUAUGUGACAUGGAAGUCUUGUAUACUGCGAAGGGAAAAACCUACUUGAGCUCUGUUUUGUAAUUUGAAUAAAUAUGAGAUGCUCUGCAUUGGCUCUGCUCAACCAGUGCAGGUUUGGGUUGUUGGGUUUCUUUUAAGUUUGGUAAUGUACCAAUUUGAACCUGAAAAACUGAAGUCUGGGCUCAUUUUUUAUAUUGGUGCAGGGCCAUGUAAAUUAUUGCCACGUGUUCGUGAGGAGCAAGUCGUCCUAUGCUUUAGUACCCUUCUCUUCCAGCUGGCUGAUAGGACUGGAAGCAUGUUGUCCUCCCAACGUAGAUGAAAUGUCAAUUUCAAUGAUGCCAAUGUCAGUUGAGAAAUGAGUAUGUGGAAGAAUGGCAAAACCCACCCACAUGUUGUCUGUGUUCCUUAAGACAUUAAAUGUGUAAUAUUGUGCACCACUGAGAAUAUUUUUGAAGAUACUGUUUUGUGCAUCAGCAGUAGCUUGAAAAUAAUUUGAAGUUCUGGUCUCCCAAUAAGAAUUGUGAUUGCUGAAAUAAUACUAUGCAGAAUUAUUCAGAAGUGAGUGGUAAGGUUGAAUGUGUGUGUGAUUCAGAAAGUUAAAUGUUAUACCUAUUUGUGUUUAACAACAAAACUUGUUUCUGAAUGUAUGUCCUCUGUAGCCAUGUAUGCGGUAGGAUUGAUAUACAGUACCUCACUGGUGUUUGUCUCUUCCUAAAAGAGUUAUUUUCCUUUAUCAAUAUUCAUUUUAAUCAAAGAUGUUUGAAUGAGCUUGGUCUUGGGUCAUAACCGAGCAGAAAAAAGAAUAUGAUGAUCUCUAAAGUGAACUGUGUUGGCAUGUGGCUUUGUCAUCCAAAAUGUACAGGGGCCAAGUGGUAGAAGCCUCUGUGAUUUUAAUUGAAGAUAGAGUCCUAUUCCCAGUGCUGUAUGCAUGCCCUAAUAACUACAGUGAUCCUGUAUUUGACCAUUGAUAUGUUACUCUAUUUUCUCAGUUUAGAAAUGUGGAACACAAAUGGAUUGUUAUGAAAAAUAUAUUCUCCUUAGAUAAUGUGAGCAGUAAUGCACAGGUUGAAAGAACAUGUUCAUUUACUUGGCUUUUUGUUAGUUUGCUUGACAUGUCUUAGGUACGUAUAUUUUGAAUUUACCUCUUGCAUUUUUCUCCUGUCUGUCUUCUGACGCACAUUGUUUGGCACUGACCCUAACUCAGUAGAACUGAUCAAAUUUCUUAUUUAAUGUAACUAUCUUCAGUAGUUUAAAAUCAGAUGAUCACUUUGUAUGUAUUCGAAUUGCAGUACUGUUUUUUUCUCACAUAUAAUCAUUAAUGCCAUUAAUUCAAAAAUAUUCUUUGGGUAAAGUUUUAAAUAUAAUAUUUUGUACAUUAAUAUUUAUCCUCACUGCAGAUAUUUGUGUGACAAUCUGUGCAGGCACAGUACUUGUCUGAGUAUGUGGAAAAAGGAGAGAGAGAAAAAGGAUGCUCUCCAGUAACCAGCUACAAGUCUACUAUAACUGUUCUGCUAAUAUGCUGAUGAAUUGAGUCCCACUGCUCUAAAAUUAAUUGGUCACUUAAUGUGUCACCUUUACAUUUACUUUAAAAGAAAAUAAAUUCAAUUAAUUUUGUUGUGGUUAGUGUUUAUGAAAGGAUUAAUUCUGGCACCCUUUAGGCUUGUCUGUAUAGUGUGGCAAAAGGUGUGAUUUGUGAAGUGCUCUAACAUGUUGCAAUCUUUUUGUCCCGGAUAGACCCCGCUGAUGCUCUCCAAAAGGUACCUAGUUCAUGUUAGCUUAGUCUUCUUGAGAUCUUGUAGAGUGCACCAGCAGGGUUUACAUGGGGCAGGGAGAGUGCAGCCUGUUAGUGCGCUUUACAAAUCACAGCCCUCUGGUGUGCUUUGCUGUGCCAAGUAGACAAGUCCUAACUCAUAUGCAGUAAUACGUUAUUCUUUAAAAAGCCGCAUUAAUUUCAGUGGGCCAGAUUGUGCCGUAACUUUUUAAAUCCCCAGUUCAACAAAGCACUUAAGUACAUGCUCACGCCCAUCUCUGUUUAGAAAAGGACUUAAACGUGUACUUAACUUUUCACAUACUUAAUUUCACUGAAGUCUAAAUUUUGCUGAAUUGGGAUAGAUUUAAGUAUGAGUUUACGUGCUUUGAAGUAGGGCCUACAGCCAUUGAUACUGAACUCAAUGGGGAAUUUUGCUUAAAAGCUAAGAUAGAGCGGGACUGUUUGUGCACUAUGGUAGUACCCAGCUUGAAUUGGCCCCUAAACAAAUAGCUACUCAGACUGGUUCAGCCUCAUUGUCAUGGAAUUCUCUCCUGGGAAGUAAAUUACUAUAAAGAAAAAGUGUUAUUUUGACGGUACAUGUUGCUCUCAUUAUUGGAUUUUUGGUUUUUGUGUUCUGUUUGUUUCCUGGGAAAGAAUGCAGUUCAAAGAAAAUGGACUGGGAUAACUGACGGUUGUGUGGGUUUUUUUUAAAACUUGUAAGUAAUUUGUAUUGCAUAAAGGAAUUGAACAUUGAUUCUUCCUUUAAUGUUUCACUGACAUGAAAAGCUAAAAUGAAAAUGAAAUCUUUUUGUGUUGUCUCUAUAUUUCAGUGGACUGAUUAGAAGGCAGUUGCUCCUCUAAAAUAGAUUGCAGCAAUAUAUUUACAGGAUAUAUUGAACUGAGGGGCAUAAAAGAAAAAAUAAGUUGGAUUUGGCUGGGUACCACUAUUAACUUAUAUUUUUCUGUUUAAAAAUCUGUAUCAGAUGGAAGAAGUACUGUCUAAUGUUCAGAAACGUUGUAGGUACCUCUUAAGCAUAACUGUAUACUUGUUCGCAGGCACAGAAUUUAAAAACAAUUUUGUAACUAACACUUCAGAGAAUGCUCCUGUUUUCCAUCCUUUGUCGAAUCACACAGCUUUCGAGGUUCAGACACUUUUUUAAAACAUUGUUUCCUGGAUAUAUUGUCAUAGAUCAAAUACUAAAAAAUGAUUUGGGAAGUCACAAUUUAUUUGGUGGGAUUCAUUUGGAUAUUGCCUAGUUCUAGAUGUUCACUAUUUUUUUUUUCCCCAGCAAUAUACUAUGACUAACUUUCACAAGCACUUGGAGAAAUUUUAGGCAGCAGUUUGAGGGUAUAGAAGAGUUUUCCAAAUAAUCACAUCAGAAAUCCAAUGCUUUCCUUACAAAGCUGUUGUUUUAUUCCCCUCUGAUUUUUGCAUGGUUUCUGUUAAGGUUUCAAGGUGCAGAAAAUGUCCUUACCUGAAACCCAUAAGUGGAAUUUGUACUGUUUUUAAAAUGUUCGUUUUCUCUAUAUAUAUUCUGUUUUUUUUUAAUACUGACUGACAGUAGUGGAAUAUCAGAUUUUUAGAUCAGUUGUUCCCAACGUCAUCGUGUUUAGGAAAAUGAUACACUCUGAAGAUGUUCAAAUCAAGCAGAUUAAUAAAUGUAUGGAUAUUUUUGUAUUUGAAUUAUGUAUUGUGUAUGUUUUUCCACACUACUUCAUCAACCAAACAAUAAGUAUUGUUUUCUACUUGUGAUAAAUGAAUGUUAAUUGCAAAUGUGUUGUUUAAUGGUUAACACAUUUUACAUUUGAAAUCAGA